AUGGUUACCGACUGCAAAAAGAAAGUCCGACCUGUUGCACUAUCCACGGUCCAAACCCCCACACGACUCAAGCCGGCUCCCAAAACAUCCGCAUCGCCCUGCAAGCUCCACGCCUCCAAAGACCCCAAUGCCAGCAUCAAUAUCGACCCUUUCAACAGCGAUAUAUAUCCAAAAAGCCCCCCCUCCCCAGGCAAUAUCUUCCUCCCCACCCCUCGAUUCGCCGCCGAGAUACUAUCCGCUUGCACAACAACACCUCACACCCCAAAGAUCUCGAGACCAACAAUCUCCCCAGGUCAUCCAUCUCCACCCCAUCCCUCCCACCGUCCCAGCCAACGAUCCAACUCCCACAAUCCGUACCAUCGCGCUCAAAACACUCAAACCCAGCCGCCCGGACGCAGCGGGACGAACAAGUGA